AUGUACUCGCGCUCCUUCUUCCGAGCAACAUGGAUCACAACCGGUCUGGAUGCCGGAUUCUGGACUGCAAUGAACAUCAAGCCGAAAUGGCUGCGCGAUAUCGCAUCCCUAGUCUUCACGGUUUACUACCUGAUCGCCGCAGAGCAGGCCGAUGAGAAGGUCCGUCGAGUCCGGGCUACCCUGACUCUGGAGCAUCUGCGUGUAUCGUGGAAUAAAGCUACAAGUCCGUACUUGUGGACACUGGCGAAACUGCUCCGUCCGCGAAUGACCCGGUUCCCGGCAAGAGCGCUUAGGAUUCCUCGUCCGCAUCAGUCGGUUCAUACGGAGCCGGUCAAUGCGUGGUUGUAUUUUGAUGGCCCGUUGACGGCUCUGAAGGACCAAUGUCUUGUCGUGCUGGAUGUUCCUGGUGGUGGGUUUGUGGCUAUGAGCCCGAGGAACUCGGAGGAUAAGUUGCUGUCUUGGGCUGGGCAGUUGAAGGUUCCUAUCAUCAGUAUCGAUUACAAGAAAGCGCCCGAAUAUGCUUAUCCAUAUGCGUUGCAUGAAUGCUAUGAUGUCUACCACAGCAUUAUUGCUACAAAUGGCCGUUGCAUGGGUCUAAGUGGUAAGACCCGUCCGCGGAUUUUUGUCACAGGCGAAAGCGCCGGUGGGAACUUGGCUGUCGGGAUGACUUUGAUGGUGUUACAGUCGGCGAUGUCUCAGGGAUGGCGUGGAGAAGAUGUGCUUCCGCCUCCCGAUGGCCUGGUUUUGGGAUACCCUGCAUUGAACAUGAAGGUGGAAAGCUGGAUGAGCGAUGAACAAAUGUCGUUGAUUCAGGACAAAAGCUCUCGUCAAACGAACCGCAGUGUUCUGCAACGGAAGCAGGAUCAAUACCGUAAACUCACGCCUUACACAUCCCCUGGUCGGUCGGUCGAGGACCUGACUGCCAUAUCACCGGAGAAGAACGAAGACGAGGAAACCGACGUGGCGACGGAAACAGCCAGAACCUUGAAAAAGGAACUAGAAAAGAGCAAAGUUGUAGUGCCCAAGGCUGUUCAAGCAGACGAAGUCCAACCAAUCAAAACCAGACUCGCCGUCUCGUCCAUGAUCACCUAUGUCCACGACCGCAUCCUUACACCUGAAAUGACCCGUGCAAUGAUCAUCUUGUACAUCGGUCCACACCAACGUCCAGACUUCAAUACAGACUUUUUCCUAUCUCCAGUUCUGGCCCCGGAUGCUCUGCUCGCCCGAUUCCCGAAAACAUACAUCAUGACCGGAGAACGAGACCCACUGGUCGAUGACACGGUUAUCUUUGCCGGCCGACUCCGUCAAGCAAAGCUGCAUCAGUUCCGUGAGCGACAGGACUUGGGCUUGGAGAGGUCUAACCGCCCUUUCAAUGAGAGGAACCACGUGGAGAUCUCCUUGAUCCCCGGUGUUUCACAUGGCUUCAUGCAGAUGGCUGGCUUCUUUCCCGAGGCCUGGAAAUACAUCCAUCGCAGUGCGGACUGGCUCGAGACUCUGUUUGAUAGCAUCAAGGGGGACGAUGCUGAUCUGCUUCGUCUGCACCAAACGGAUUCUUCGUUUAAACGGUCUGACGGACCUGCAGAUGGUCAAGCAAAUUCAUCCCGCGAGCGCAAUCACCACCGCGGCUUGACGGGUGAGUCUUCGGGUGAUGACGAUAGACCGUUAGAAAUGAGCAUGAGCAAGAUAAGUGAUGAAUUGGCGAAGCCAGAACGCCGCACACGUCGUCGGAGGUCGAGAUCUUCUUUUGCUUCUUCGCGGGUCGCUGGGAUUACCUCUUUGAGUGAUGAUCGGAAUGCAAAGGAGGAUUUCAUUGCUAAGCUUCAACACUUGGAGAGGGCAGGUCGUGGGGACCGGUUCUAUCCUGAUGAGACGAAUAGUGCGCCUGAAAGCCCUGUAUCCCGGCCGAGGGGGAGGAGCAUUUCGUCUCUCGAUAGUGGGGAGGAUUUGCUGGAUCGCAGGAUGAAUGGGCUUGCUGGGGGGUUGAUGGGGAUUGGUGAAGGGGCGCAAACUCCUGGGACUUGA